AUGUACCCUUACUGCUUCACAAACUUCUUACACAACUCUUCCUGCUUUGCCAAUCCUUCUACAUCAUUUCCUUCUUCACCAAUACCAACGACAUCCUUCCAUUCAUAUGCUCUUCCUGCUACAUCAAUCCCUACAACAUCCUUCCAUUCAUAUGCUCUUCCUGCUUCACCAAUUCCUACAACAUCCUUCCACUCGGAUGCGCUUCCUGCUUCACCAAUUCAUAUGACAACCGCUAAUUCCAAUACUGUUUCCUUUAUUCGACAACCAUCUUCCCCACUACUUUCCCAAUCAUCCAGAUCGCUCACAUCUUUUCCAGUGACCCCAACGCGACCCAGACCCCAAGAUAAUGCUUUGCUGUACUCAGAACAUUUUACAGGGUUUUCAAGGGUUCUCAGAAUUACUUGCCCCAUUCAGGAUUGCGGGAAUGCUUACACACGGUACAGCGCACUACAAAACAUAUUGAGUGUCAUCAUCACAUCAAUAUUGACACAAAGACAAACUGUUUUCUUCUAUUAA